UCUAGGGCGACUUUUGAAAACCUGUACAACGAAAUCGAUCAACGAUAUUUAUGUAAACAUUGUUGUGUCCUCAAACGUUUUUAGCUGUUACCAAGCAUGGAGUUCGACCAAGUUUUGUCCCUCUUGGGCCAGCUUGGAAAGUACCAGGUUCAGCUUUUCUUUGCCAUAGCUUUGCCAACCAUGUCCGCAUCGCUACUCAACUUGAGUGCGGUAUUCAUUAUGGCGGCACCAGAUUUCAGGUGUGCGAUACCAGGCUUAGAGAAUGAUACGUACACCGUCCAGGAUGACCAUCACCAGUCACUCAUCAAUGCAACCAUUCCCCGCGGAGAGACAUGCAAGAUAUAUUCCAACACCAGCGGAGUGAACCGAACCACCCAGGGGUGUUCGGCAUGGGUUUAUGACACAAGUGUCUUUCUAUCCACUGCCGUUACCGAUUUUAACCUGGUUUGUGAAUACAAGAUUCUCUCCUCUGUUGUGACCAUGGCUUUCAUGUUUGGAAUGCUCGUUGGAGGAUUCGUUUGCGGCAGGAUCAGUGACAAAUUUGGACGCCUCACGGUUAUCGUUGUCGGAAGCGUUCUCCAAGGAAUCUCCGGACUGGCCUUUGCCUUCUCCGUCAACAUCUACAUGCUGAUCGGCUGCAGGUUCCUCAUGGGAUUCUUUGGUCUGGGCAUCUACGCUAGUUGUUUUGUCUACGUUCUCGAGAUUGUUGGGCCCGACAGACGGACGGCCGCUGGUAUUGGACAAAGCUUCUAUCAUUCUUUGGCGAACGUCCUCAUCACGCUUCCAGCGUACUUCAUAAGGGAUUGGGUAUAUCUCUCUAUCACGCUGUCAUCGGUCAGCUUUCUCGUCAUCCCAUACUGGUGGUUAUUUCCAGAAUCACCCCGAUGGCAGAUAGCGAAGGGCCGCAAGAAAGAAGCAGUGAAAUUCAUCAGAAAAGCUGCCAAGACAAAUAGGAAGAUAAUCCCAGAGAAGAUCUUCGAGGAACUGGAUCUGGCGAUAUCUGACGACCAACCCAAGGGGUCUCUUUUAGAUGUCUUGAAAAGUGGAGUGAUGUUGAGGAGAACUGCUAUCGUUUGCCUGAACUGGGGUGCUAUUGCCAUGGGUUAUUAUGGACUGUCAUUGAACUCUGGCAACAUGGUUGGUGAUAUAUUCGUCAACUUCCUAAUAUCGGGUGCCAUUGAGAUUCCGGCUGGAAUCUUUGCCCUAGUAGCUUUGGACAGGAUCGGGCGACGGGGUGUACAUGUGUUCUGUAUGAUCCUGGGAGGCCUUGGGUGCCUCGCUACCAUUCCUGUCGUUAUCUUUGCCGAUUCUUCUCUUUCGUCAUGGCUUCUGAUAGUCCUUUCGAAUGUCGGCAAAUUUGGAUUGUCAGCCGGAUUCAAGGUCAUGUAUGUCUACACGGCAGAGUUAUAUCAUACCACUGUCAGGUCCGCUGCUAUUGGGAUAAAUUCUAUAUCAGCAAGGAUGUUCUCCAUGGCUGCCCCAUACAUUGCCGACUUGGGUGUUCUAAUCGGCGGUAACUUCUCGCAAGUACUACCUCAGAUAGUUUUUGGUAGCGCUGGUCUCAUCGCCGGGAUAUUUGCCGUCUUUCUACCUGAAACCCUAAACACCGUGUUGCCUAAAACUUUAGAGGAUGCCAUAGCCCUCGGGAACAAGAAAAAACACUGCAACAACGAGGCACACUUUGAAGCCGCCAACCCCGCCUUUGUAAAGGACGAAGAUGUUAACGUAGAAAUGAAGGAAAUGGACACAAAAUACUAGUCCAAGUGUAAAGGAUAACAAAGCUUCUUGACAACCAGCCAUCUAUAUGAGAGACAACUAUAAACGGAAGCUGAUAUAUCUAUUAUGCAACUUUAAAACAAAC